AUGGCCUCGGCUGGGAAGAGGCAGCAGCGCAGGAAGAGGCGGGAGGCUGGGCCGGCCAUGGAGGUAGAUACUCAGGAAAAGGAAGAGUCUGUUAAAAGCCCAGACUGCGUGGAAAGACUGGCACAAAAAUACAUGCAGAAGUGCACAGUGGAGUCAAGCACAGAGUCUGAGUCUGAAUCCAGGGCAGAGGUUGUGCCUAGCCCACUUGCUGGAGGACCCAAGAAAGCAAAGGAAUCCAGGGGACUACAAUUUGUAGAUCCUUAUGAUGGUGAUUCAGAAGAUGCAUCUGUUCACACUGACUGUGGUAUGAAAGAUGCACCAUGGAGAAACAGUGCCUCAAAAGCAGUGCCUUUGGAAGAUGCUGAUACUUCAGAAGAUGAAGAAUCCUUCCCUAAUCCUCCAAAUGUCAGUGAAAUUCAGGCAGUAAAUGACUGCAGAGCAGCCCUGGAGCUUCCUGGCCAGGAGCAGGAUCUGUUGCAGACACCUCCGGGCACAGAAGCGUUUCCCCCCGCGGGGCUGACACCUGACCACUCCUCACCGAGGGCUGUUAACCCUUCAGUCUCCGCGGAUCUCCCUGCAAUCCCGGCUGGCACUGCUCCACAGCCCCUGCUCGCAGCUCACUGUGAUGGCACAACGGCCGAGCAGCCCAUAAUUAAAAGAAAACAAGGGAUUCCUGCUCCAGAGGGUGCUAGUGAAAAACCAAAGAGAAAGAAAUUCUGUACAACUUAAUCUAAGGGAUGAAUAAAUCAUUGGACAGACUGUUCUGAAGGAUCAUUCGGGUAGAGGUUUCUUUUGCAGAGUGUACCUGAACUAACCAGGCUGCCUCAAGCCUGUUACAAAUGCACUGCACUGUACAGUAAGCUCUGAGAUCCACCUGAAAAACUGAAUCAAACAAGUCGUGUGGCAAUUCCAGUGAAAACGAGCAAAGGUAUAUCCACAGCACGACAGACAAGCUUGGUGCCCAGGUCCUCUGGAAGCAGCAGCCCCAGCUCCUGUGCGCAGUACCCGGAGGCAGCUGCUCAGUUUCAGUGCAAUUUCACCAACACUGACAAAGGUUUGUCAGCAGGG